CACAUACUGUGCAUCCGUACGGAUAUGCUCACAUCGACAAAUCUCCCCUGUCGCCCUCACACCGUGACACCCACGAACCACCCCCCGUUCGUGGCUCGGAUUCUCCAAUUUCUUGUGCCUGUCACCCUGUCCCUGCACUGCGUCCGCAAUUCUUCUUUUCCCUCCUUUGGGCUCCUGGGUCACUCCUUUCUCUCCCGUCACUCGCAAUCCAGUCCAAUCCAAUCCAAUCCAAUCCUCGUCCUCACCCCAAGACAAAUCGUCUCCAGUCGUUUACUUUUGGCUUCCAUCGGCCUUCCUUGCUCCUCGCCUGCCUUCAUUCUCUCCCCCCCUUCUCUUGCUGCCCUCUACCUACUUUUCCCUCUCCACCAAGCCACGAGCCUAGCUCUGAAUCCGAUCAGCGUCUCUACUAGUACACUAAACUGAACCCAAGUCACUUGUUGCUUUUCUUUCUCUUCUUCUUCUGGUUUCCCUUUUGUUUGCCUGCCAGGAAGAAAACCCAGGUGACGGAAGGAAAAAAAAAGGUUUCCCAAGAGAGCUUCCCACAUUCCCACCCGAGUCCUUCUUUUCUCGACACACACACACAACAUACCUUACUCUCUCACACACACACUCGCUCUCUCUCGCGCCUCUUCCUUUCCGCCGUCUUCUCGACUUCGAGUCUUCCAAUACGACACUAUCGACGCUGCUCGCCGCGCUGUCUGGUUGACCUCGCCUAAAAUAAAUUCGAACGGCAUUGCGAGAUCCAGAAUCUCUGCAACCUUUGGACCACCCAAACAAGAUCACUCGACCGGGAUUGUCGAAUUACCCCCGACGGGAUUUCUCCCUUUCUUAUCAGCAAACCGCGAUUCAGCCAUAUUCCACCUCGCUCGCUGCUGCCAACACGUUACGCCUGGUUCCUACACCUCGUACAGUCGCCAGACUAAUUUCGACGCACCUCUCGCUGCCGCCAGCCUAUUGCGCAGGACACCAUUGGAAUCUGUGUACGACCCUGGACUUGGAGGAAACAGAGGAGUCUGAUCUGCUGUACACAACACGCCACUCCUUCUUCUCGACUUGACGCUUUGGAUAUCGUCGUCCAAGCACAUCUCAUCUUCGCCAGCAACUUUCUUUCUCGCUGAGACGCUUGAAGGAAGGAGGAUCGACGCUGCUUUUGGUCCCCAGGAGCAAAAAAAAAGGUCUACAUGCGACGUUGACAGCCUGGACACAAACUCCAUCUUGCUGAAACACUCCCGACACAGCGACAUCUCUGAUCCAGGUACGUUUCUUGCUUGACAUAUCUGCCCUCUCCAUCUUUCCCAUGUCCCGCCGCCCACGUACCCGCCCCCGUCUUUGAUAUUUGUUGCAUUUUCUCCCCAGAACCCCCAGCAGACGCUUUCAUCCCAAGGUCCCAGCUGCGACGAGGCUCAAGCACAGCUUUAAGCGUCUCCGACGCCUUACUGAACUCAAUUGCUGCUUGGCCGCCCCCAAAGGCUCAAGAAGCCGUCUAGAGCUGAGACCGGAACGUGGUCGUGUGUCCAAGGGUUCCUGUCAAAUCUUUGCUGACGAUUCUGCUAUUUGUGUCUAGCCAUCCCGCAUCUCGACUUCAGACGCACUCUUGGCCAAUCGUCCCGAGCGAACAUUGCCCGUUUCAAACAAACUUUCGCUCUUCGUCCCAACUUCUCGAUCUACCAUCCCAACCACCAUUAAUGGACGCCGCUUAAUGAAGAGCACCGACGCUUAAGCUUGAUAAAAUCGCUUUGAGAAGGAAAAGACGGACUGCUUGUCGACCCUACGCACACAGCACCUCUGCCGACGAGGCAGAACCCGAUAAUCCACAAUGAACAGAUUUCGCACCAAGAAGAGGGCGAAGGAUGAUGCCGCCUCUUCUACGCCUCGGGCUUCCCACGAAUCAGAGUCUCCCGCACCAUUCCGUUUCUUUGGCAAGGGAAAGAAGUCACAAGAAGAAGAGCCAAAGAAGGAACUGGAUCUCGAGAAUGCCUUGCCCCACAGCGAUGACUUCCGCACGAGUCUUCUCAUGACUGGGCUAUCUGCACGGUUCUCCAUGCUGAGAGAACAAGACGACCCGAACACGAAAAUUGGCAAGGCCAGCGACGAUAGCGUUCUGUUCCCGAAGCGCCAGUCAAGGAUGUUGGACUUUGGCUUUGGGCCUGGCCCCAACGGACUGUCAGACAUCGCCGAGGUCGAGUCAAUCAGAAAAGAGGUGCCAUUUAACCGGAUGGAUUCUUACCACUCUGCUGAUGGUAACUCCAUCUCGGGAAGUGUCAUGGACCGAGCCAAGCCGGGAGAAGGCAACAACUUGUUUGGUGGACGCCAAAAAGUGUACAAGCUUGGUUCUGGUGCUGUUUCCACCAAGAACCUCGACGGCGGUGGCAUGAGUGGACGCGUCCUCUAUGAUGACGAUGUUGCAAAGUCAGCCUUCCAGAAAUGGAGGCAGACGGAGAAGUCUAAGCAACCAUUUGACGACGAACAGGACCAGAAGCCCUCGAGCAUCGAUCUCCCUCGCGCGGAAUCACCUCCACCGCUGGGCUACGACCGCAAGAGAGAAACUAACUCGACUACAUCAUCGACACCAUCACUAGGCCGCAAUUCCACGGCAGCCACUUCGGUCAUGUCCCAACCAACGUCGGCAGCAAAGGAUUGGCAGUCGAACCCGACGGCACCGAGUUCGGCAUCGGGCACGCCCAACCUUGAUCGGAGCGUUACCCGAGCACGACGUCUUUACGAGACAGGACUCAACCAUGAUCUCCAGGAGCAACAAUCUUCAGCUCUAUCGCGAAUGGACACCCUUUCUCGGCAGCGAACACUCGGCAGCAGAACCCCCGACCUCCAAAACGGACCUUCACCCACAAGCAGCCUCUUCAGCGAUCGUUUUGGCAAUGAGAGGAGAAUCUUGGCCAAGGGAAGCGCUCCGAACCUGCGAUCCGCCAGUCCCCCGACCAUGGGUUCGCCGAUUGUCCCCAUGGAUUUGGGCAUCAACGUGCCCACAAACUCUGAACCCAAGUCUUCCUUUGGAGGUGCACCUCCUUUGAGCCCGCCCAUCAGCGAAGGAGAGGAGAGCUCUGUUCUCCCUAGUGACCGGGGCAAGGCCACUGCCAUGGGGCUGUUCCAAAAGCCUCUUCACUCCUACGACGAGUCUAGAUAUGCUCAAAGGCAACUCCAACUCCAACAAGGCCGAGAGACGCCGACCAACAGGUUCCGCACAGAGUCUAAUGCAUCACAAACUACCGGCCGAUCACGUUCAUCCUCGUCGGCUCAGAGGCUGCCGGUUGAGAAACCCGAACCGAUAAUUCGUACAGAGCCGACAGUAAAGGAAGAGGAAGCUGGGCUGAGCUUUUACGACGAUUCACUUUCUCCCCAAGAUGACGCCACGAACCCAGCUGCUGCAUUCCAUGGCACCACAAGACGCCCUGCUGAUCGCGACCAUCCCGCACUCAGGGACUUUGCCGUGCCAACACCGCUCUCAUUGAGCACCGGCGCAUCGGUGGAGCCAUCGCCUGUGUCCGAUCAACCUUUCACUGCCGUAUCCGCUGAGACGACGAGCUCGCCCCAAGACUCUCCGACGCUCCCCUCGUCCGCCGGCCUCAGCGGAAUGGUCCGCCAGCAUCUGCGAACCGACAGUGCUACUUCAUCCAUCUAUGGCUCAGCGCCGCAGACGUCCAACUUUGCUUCGAGGUUCCCUCUCGACCCAUAUGAUCCCAAGUCUAUGGCGGAUAUGGGAGUGAUGGCCAACCCCUGGGAAAUACAGUCCCCAGACUGGGCAAACCCGACGUUCAACGAGAAGGAGCAGACGUCCAACGAUCGGAAAGAACCGGCAGUUCCUGAGCCUACUUCGCAGCCUCGUCAAACGCUCCCAUCAGAGAACCAGCCAGCCUCUGAGCGCAACACAGGGUCAAGCACCGAGAUGGAGAAGGAACACGACGAGUUUGCCAACCAACUCGCUGAUCGCGCGCGCCGGGUUCGUGAGAGACUGACUUCCUAUGUGGAGUCAGACCGCGACAGCAGGUCCCUCUCACCUCACCCCGUCGAUCGUACAAGAGAGCCAUCGUUGCCCCGUCCGAACCCAUUGGGCAUCUUGAGACAGAAGACGAGCCGUGGUUCUUUGAUUGAUCGCAACCGCGAGAACCGCGUCGAUAGCCAGCACUCAAAGGCCAUCAAGAUGCUCGGCCUUGCGACUUCCACCAUCAGCAGUGCUCCUAGCCCAAACAAGUCAAGCUUCGAGGAGAAGGAACCCCAAUCGCCUGUCCAGGAAGAGCGCGAGAAGCCAGCUUUCCCGAGGGCUGAGACCGCGCCAGUCCUUCCCACGCACGAGCCAGAGAAGGAUAAGGAGGACGAUUCCAUGCACGCUGGACUCCAGGCAUUUAGACAAGCUAGACGACGGCUGAUGGAGGCUCAGAAGAGUCCGUCAAGUGUCCCUAUCAAUCCUGGCCAGAUGCCUGGCUCCGCAUCGGUUCCGAUGGUUGGCCCACCUGCGUCUAGGACCGCACCUACUCGCGAGCGCACUCCCGGUCCGCGAUCGCCAUCUCGUGAGCGCCGGCCGCCUCCUGUCACCUACCAGCAGCGGGCACCCAGUGAGGAGCCGCAACCUAACAACGGCCCUGGCCGCGCGCCCUCCCGCCCUCCCUCUCGGACUGAACGGACUGAGCGUGACCGCAGCGGCUCUGAAGCUAGCAGCGGAGACCGGCCUCAUCGUCCAGCACGCUUGCGCACCGGCACCAUCUCAUCCCCCCACGAAGAGCAGCGUGGCAUGGUGCCCCCUCCGGCUAGACCUCAAAUGCUGAACUCACCGGGCCUGCCCGGCACUAACAUUCGUCGGUCUCCGAUUAUGCCUCCUCAGCCGUACCCAGUCGGAGCGGGUCAAGGAAAGUCUCUCGAUCGGUCGGCAUCCCAGGGCAACCUGGCAGUUCAGUACCGCCGACGGGGCCCUGAAUCCGGCCAGCCUUCGCCCAUUUCCCCGAUGGCUCCCAUACCGUCGCCGUCAAUCCCCGUCAGCCAGUCUUCACCCGCCUUCGUCCCCUCCCGCCGACCUUCCGCACCUCCUGUGCCGUCGCCUAACAUGGAAGCCGCACCUGCCAACCGCCUCGACGAGUCGAUGAAGAGAGUGGUCAGGAAGAAGGAUAUUUCUGAGCCAACCUUUGUCUCUUCAACCUCUCGCGUCCCAACUGUGGCUCUUCCCGAGACCUCAGAGUCCCGUUCCAGAAGCGGUUCUCGUUCGCGAUCUGGCAGCAUCCUCGGAGCUGCCGCCUCGACGCCAAAUCUUCACGGCAGCGUGCAUGCCAAUAUCAACGCUCCGCCUCUGCCUCCGAUCAACCCGAAGCGUCGCAACAUGAUCGGUUCGAUGAUGAGCCGCCGAGGAGAUGAAGACAUGGGCGCAAGUUCUCCUCACCUACCCUUCUCUCCUCCGCCGAUUCCCAGUGAGCACGGUGGCGACAGCCACAGCGCGUUCUCUGUAAGCGACGAAGAGGACGGCCCUGGUUCCCAGCGGCGUCGCCUCCGAAAGACCAUCAGCGAAGCCAAUGGCAUGAACAUGCGUGCCCGACUGACCCGGGGCAACAGCCCUCCCAAUAUGCCUGCGCCCAUGGCUAUGACAGGGGGCUUGAACAACGGAAACAUGCCCGGCGGCAUGAUUUAAACACUCCCAACACAAUCGCCACGAAUCUCUUCAUCAUCUCUAAUCAUCUCUCAGUAUCAUUAAAACGGAUGGCGGGGUUAUAAAAAGAGAGAAAAUGGUUGUCACGAAUCUAUGAGAACGUUUUUGUAUUUUUGCCAUUGAUUUCGCUUUAUUUCAAUUACCCCCAAAUGUCGAUCUCUACGACUACUGGGUUCCUAUUGUAUAUUUCUCAUUUCUCUUCAUUCUUUCCUCUCUGGCGGAGUCACUUCGGUGCUUGGCCUUUUCCAAGUUAGGCUCCCGGAGGGAGCAUUAAUAGGGCGGGGUCCUCGUUUUUGGGAUGAGUUUGUCUGCGUUUUGGUGGCGGGCCUGGCGUCUACCAUCUGGAGGACUGCAAGAUCAGGUGGAAGGGCUAGUUCACAGUCAUCUCGAGUAUGAAGAAUACCGGAAUAUUUCAAGGCUGUGGCUAGGGUGGGGUGGGUGGUAGUGCAAAGGGCGGAGUCUGAUAUACCAUAGUAAGAGAAUUGGG